CUGAGGUGACAGCGCCGAGCUGUAAUAGAUUGAGGCGGGCCCAUGGCGGAAGGUAGGGUUGGCUUUCCGGGAGAGAGAAGCCAAUCUCCGCUGACAGGACUCGGAAGAGGAGAGGCCGCCCCAGGCAGAAUUUCCAUCCUUUGCUCCUGGUUCACAGAAACUCAAGAGUUGGAAGUGGCCCUAUUAGCUUCCUGUACUCCCAAGGUACACCUGAACAAGACUGCCCUCUACGACUAAUAUUAAUUUAUGAUCAUCCAACUUUUUCUUGAAGACUUCCAGUGAUGGGCAACCCAUUCCACAUCAAAACUUGCAAGGACUCAUCUAAUCUUGACUUGAAGACAUCUAAUAAUGACUCUUGGCCUCUGGAGGCAGUGUGGACAGUUUUUAUCAUGCCUAAAUCUGUGUCUUUACAAUUUAGAAACAUAGAUUCUUAAUCUUCACCCACUGCUCCUGAUAUUGCCCUUUGGGGCUAAGCAGAAAAGUCACCCACAUGACAGCCCUCCAAAUACUCUGAAUAGAACUGGCCCUUUCCUGUCCCAUACCACUAUAGUCCUUCCCCACCUCCUUUGAUGAGUUUAAAGGACGACUUCCAAUUCUAAAUUCUGUGAUCCUAUAAAUGUGCACAAAAUUUUUUGAUUAUGAAAAUCUUGUUUUUUUCUAAGCUUAAGUCUUAGGUAUUAUUGCACUUAUUAUGAUAUGAAGAUAUCUCCCUGGAUCUGGAUUAAGAUGAGCUGGAUUUUAAGGACUGACCGCCACUUACUAGAUGAGUGACCUCAAGGAGACAUCAUUUCCCUCUGGGCCUAUUUCAUCAUCUAUUAAAAUGAAGAGACUCUACUAGACUGACCUUUAAAGAUUCCUUCUUUAAAGAUUAAGAUUUCCCUUUACAGUUAUGCUAUAUUUGCCAACUUGGUAUCUGCUGAUUCAGUUAGCUACAGUCAACCAUGGGGGGGGAAAUGGAAAAAAAAAAGGAAAAUUUAGAAAAUUCCAGAAAAUAAAAAAAUAAACUACGUAAGUUUCAAACCAACUGCCAAGUGAAUAUAGGCUUUAACAUAAUGAAGUUUACUAGUCUGGGACAUGACUCAUCUCCCUUUGUCCCCAUACCCAUGCUUCCAUGUGAGUAGUUUGGUUCUCCUGUUCUCACUGAUUGCAUUUGUUGAGGCAUUGUAGCAGUGACUUUCUUUAAGAAAGCUUUUAUUUUAUUGUAAUAAUGGCUCCAAAGCGUAAGAGUACUAGCACUGGUAGUGCUUCUAAGCCCAAGAGAAGUCGUGAAGUGCUUCCCAUUAGUGAAAAAGUAAAAAUUCUCGAUAUGAUUGAAAAAGAAAAAAAAUCCUAUGCAGAGAUUGCCAGAUUGUAUGGCAAGAAUGAAUCUUCAAUUCGUGAAGUGAUGAAGCAUAGAGACAAAAUUCGUGCAAGUUUUUCUGUUGCACCUCAAACUGCAAAAGUAACUUCUACAGUGCGUGAUAAAGUGUUAGUGAAGGUAGAAAAAGCAUUAAAUUUGUGGGUGGAAGACAUGAGCAGGAAAAGGAUGCCCAUUGAUGGCAACAUGUUACGGCAAAAAGCCUUAACUCUAUAUGAGGACUUUCAGAAAAAAGAUAAGACAAAAGAUGAAUCCAAGCCAUUUACAGCAAGCAGGGGAUGGUUACAUAGAUUCAGGAAUAGGUUUAAUCUGAAAAAUAGAAAAAUUACCAGAGAUACUUCAUCUGGUGAUGAGGAAGCUGCUGCCAUGUUUAUGACUGAUUUAAAGAAAGUUAUUGAGGAGGGAGGCUACCACCCUAAACAAGUUUUUAAUUGUGAUGAAACGGGACUGUUUUGGAAAAAGAUGCCCAAUAGAACCUAUAUCCACAAAACUGCAAAGCAAGCACCAGGCUUUAAAUCAUGGAAGGACAGAUUGACAUUGGUACUCUGUGGCAAUGCAGCUGGGCAUAUGAUAAAGCCUGGUGUUGUUUACCAAAUGAAGACUCCUCAUGCUCUGAAACACAAAAACAAAAAUUAUUUGCCGGUCUUCUGGCAACACAACCUCAAAGCAUGGGUCACAGCUGUAUUAUUUACUGAAUGGUUCCAUGAAUGCUUCAUUCCUGAAGUAAAGAAAUAUUUGGAGAAGGAAGGGUUGCCUUUCAAGGUUUUAUUAAUAAUAGAUAACUCACCUGGCCAUCCUGAGUCAAUUGCCAUUGAAGAUCCUAAUGUCCAGGUUUUAUUUUUGCCACCUAACACAACCUCACUGCUUCAGCCACUCAGUCAGGGCAUCAUUAGGUGUAUCAAGGCCAUAUACACUCGGCAAGUGUUUGAGAUGAUUCAAGCAGCAAUUGAUGCCAACCCUAAUAUUGAAAUUAUGGACUGCUGGAAAUCAUUCAGCAUUGCUGAUGCAAUAACAUUCAUCAAAGGUGCAAUGGAUGAAUUAAAACCAGAAACGGUGAAUGCAUGCUGGAAUAAUUUGUGGAGUGAAGUUGUCCAUGAUUUCAAGGGCUUCCCAGGAAUUGACAGAGAGGUAAACAUAAUCAUUAGAACAGCAAGAGAAGUUGGUGGUGAUGGAUUGGUUGAUAUGAUAGCUGAAGAAGUGGUAGAUCACAUAGAAGAACAUCAUGAGGUUUUGAUGAAUGAGGACUUGGAUGAUUUUGUUAGGUCUGCUGCAGAGGAAGAAGAUGAGGAAGAAGAAACUGAAGCUGAACCAGCAAAAUGGACACUUGAAAAAUUUGGCGAAGUCUUUCAGAUAGCACAAACCUUAAAGGAGAAGAUAAUGGACUAUGAUCCUAUAAUGGAACGUAGCAUGAAAGUUACCCGUUUGAUAACAGAAGCAAUGGAACCUCUCCAGCAUAUGUUUGAUGAAUUAAAAAGGCAAAAGAAACAAUUCCCUAUCACGGUGUUCUUUAAAGAGGUCCAAAAAGAAGCAUCCACGGUUGAUAAUCCACAACCAUCAACAUCAUCUGCUCCUGAUAUCAUCCAGCAAGCAGCAUCUUCAUCUCCUUCCCUUUCUCCAGACUCAGAAGAUGACCCUUUUGGCAUCUUGUCAGAAGGUCAGUAACCUAGAAGAACAUCCCAGUGCCUAUGCCAUCACCCACUUCAUUUCAUCACUGUAUCUAUUGUUGGUUGUUGUCCUUUUUACUCCAAGAGGAACUAAAUGGCAUCACUAUGUCGGGGUCAAUGGGCAGUGUGUCUGACUGUGGCUAAUCAGAUCAGUAGGAGCUCUGAAGGCUAGCCCCUACAAACAUUUAUGAUGGAGAUGUCUCUAAAGUGGCACCUAUCAUGUUUCUUUUGGGCUACUGCAAUUUUGUUUUGCUCAUAGAGCACAGCACCUUCUUUGAUGUGGAUACACCAUACCGAAUGAUCCUGGGCCAGCAUCUCCUAUGUCUCCCAGUCAAUAACUAAAUUUGUCAGAGAGACCCUGGGAAUGUCCUUGUAUCACUUGUUCUGAACUUUGUGUGAGCAGUUGACUUGUGUGAGUUCUCUGGAAAAUAAUCUUUUAGGCCAGUGUGCCUUUGGCAUUUGAACAACAUGGCCAGUCCAUCAUGCUCUGCAGUAAAAUGAAUGAUACAGUAUCAUCAUUGUCACGGAUUAUCACAGCAACAAUGAAGAACUGAGAAGCCGGUGCAGAAAGGAAAGCUGGGAGAGCUUAAACAGAGGGUGUUGAUGGGCUCACAGCUAGGCAAAGUUUUUCUGAUUCUUGGAUCUGCCCUGCCUAUUUCGGUGACCCUCUGAGUAGAUGAUCUGCAUAGCAAGAGGGUGGGAGGCCAGCAAUAAAUGGGCAGGCAGUGCCUGCCCAUCAAACCCAAGCCUUCUCCCCCACACUCACUCGGUUCACUUCUCCCAAUGAUAUCCACACAGGAUCACAGAUGGAGAACUGAGAGGGACCUCGGAGGCUCUCACCCAACCUCUUCAUUUUACACAUGAGAAAACCUAGACUGUGGCAUUUCCUAGUUGUGAGCUUAGUGGCCCUGGCCAGUCAGCUUCUCUCAACUUUAAUUCACCCUUGGCUGGAUUAUUGCAGCAGCCUCCUUUGUCUCCAUGUCUUAUAUCCCACCCCCUCCAUUGCUCCCCAAGUGAGACCCCUGACUAUAGCGUUCCCCUAUUCAAACCCCAGGAGCUCCCUGUGGAUCCUAGGACCACAUUUUUAACCAUUUCUGUUUUUCGUUUCAUGAUGUACAUAAUACAGCAUUUCUUGGGUAUAAUUUGAAAUCAUACACACAUUGGAAGCAGGCUUAAUCUUUUUUUUUUUAACUCAAGAUCAAAAAAAGUCCACUUCUACCUCAUAUGAAUGAGUAAAUGACCCAAAUUUAAGAUUUAAUUUAAGAUUGCCAGCACGUUGGAGGGAGUAGUGGAAAAUAAGUCCAUUAACCCACUGUUGGGGGAGCUCUGAACUAGUCCAACCAUUCUGAGAGCAAUUUGGAAAUAUGCCCCCAAAGCCAUUAAACUACAUACCUUUUGGCCCAGAAAGAGCACUAUGAAGGCUACACCCCAAAGAGAUGAAAUAAACCCAUGUGUACAAUACUUAUAGCAGCUCUUUCUGUAGUGGCAAAAAACUGGAAACUAAGGGGAAUGGCUGAACUAGUGAUGGUCUGUGAACAUGAUGGAGUCUUACUGCGUUUGAAAAAAUGCUGGAGCGGAUGGUUUCUGAAAAACCCAUUGGGUUUAUAGGAAUUGCUACAAAGUGAGCAGAACCAGAACUACAAAGCAACAGCAACCCUGUUAGCAUGGGUGUGAAAGACUUAGUAACUGGUCAGUGCAGUGAUGAAAACGCUGUCACCCCUGGACAAAGAACUGACGGGAAACUUCUUUUUAAAGAAUGGGACUGAUGUUAUGAAUGACUAAAUUUGCAUAAUGGAUUUUGUAUUUCCUGCCUUCUCAGUGGAUGGAGAAAGGGCAGAGAGGAGAGAACUUGGAAUAGAAAAGCAAAAUAAAAUUGAAUUGAAAUAAAAACCAAGAUUGCAAGCAUGUUCUAGCAACACCAAAUGGCUAACUCCUGUCUGUAAAAAGGAAGCUGUGACUAAAAAUAGCAAAGAAAAACAAUCUAACAGAGGCCCUCUACCAGGCACAGCCUCUCUGCUGCUGCCUGUGCAGAGACGGGGAUAAGCAAGCAAAGGUACCAAGGAAGAGGGGGAGGGAAAAAUCAGCCAAUCUGCUAUGGUGUCUCAGAUGCACUAACACACUGGGUGAGCCAGAGAACAGAAUUAGCUGGGGGAAGGGAGGGCUGGAAUCCAGCCCUGGUUCCUCACCUCAAGCCACACUCAAAUCUUUUAUCCUGGAAGGAAACUUCAGAAAGAGCCAGAAGUGGGAAGGACUUUACUUUGACUCAUUUUAUAGAUGAGGAAACAGAGGCAUAGAGUGAUAACGUUUUUACAAGCAGUCACCAAAUAAUGGGAUUGAGUAUUUUUAAACCAGGAGGAAAACCAGCAGCAACUAACUGUUAAGCUCUUUAUAUUUCCUAUGACUUUCUUAAAGCACCCUCUAUUCCAACCUCCUUGUCUUACCAGCAAGAAAGCCUAAAGAAGUAGCCAAUCACAUAAAAGAUUUGGUACUAAAACCCCAUAUCCUCCUUAGUCCAGUGAUUUUUCUAUUAAAAGGUUGCCUCUGUUUUUAUCUUUAAGUUUACUUCAUUCUUUAACAUAUAUACUUGGCAGUCUCAAUCAGACUAUUCAUCACCUCUGGGAGGGAGAAAAUCUGAAUUUAAAAAUUUUUAAAAAACUGUCAAAAAUUGGGUUUUUUGGUGUGUGUAGCUGAAAAGAUUAAAAAAAAUUUUUUAAACAAAAAGUGUAUAUAUUUGGCUAGUUUAAUCAGUAAUUAUGAUUAAAACCAUGUAAAAACAUGGCAACUUUCCUGUUGGCUACACCAGAAGGAAAACCAUUCAUUCCAGUCAGUAAACCAGGUCACUACCCUGGUGGCAACUUUUCCUAAUUUCAAGCCAUAGAAGAAACAUAUGUCUUAAAGGUCUUUGCUGGUCUUGUUUAUAAAGUAACAACUAUAUUUCUAAAAUGAAAUUUCACUUAAUUUGUAAGAGGAAAUUGGCAACUGUUAACAAGGAAACAUCGCCUUCUUGUGUAAUUCUGCUGAGUCAAUAUUCUCAUUUUUUUAGAUUAGAAAUGCAUGUUUAAUUAUGCAUCUUAUUGUACAUUUUCCAGAAUGGCUUCAUUUGAAAAUUCAUACUCUUGUUUGGUAAUAGUGGCUGAUUUCCUGCCCAGGUAAUGGUAAAAAAUGUCCCUGAAAUCUACUGACAUCUCCCCACAAAAAAACUCUUAUGCUUUAUCUCAAUAUCAGAUUUAAGGCAGAAGAGCAAUAAGGUAUCUGCUUAUAUUUACUUUUCUAUCGAUACAAAUAAGUUCGUGCUUUAAGAAGUACUGUGCACAUCUUCCAAAAGUGAACUUUUUUGGAGCUGUACUACAUUAGCGGCCACACAGCAGAGCCCUGGGGAAAGCUGCCAGAGUUCCCAUCUGCUUCCUACACUUAUCACACAGCGCUCUUUUCUGGAGAGCUCAGUCUCAAGACAAAGAUAAUAAUGUCAAUACUAGCUACCUUUCAGAGCUUUGGGGAAGAAACAGCUUUUUAUACCAGAAGCACCACAGAAGUGUGAACUAGUUAACUUUGGGCAAGAAAUCGGAUUAACUGGAAUCUCGUAUUAGUGGUUGAAGUAUCAGCCCUUGUUCUUUUGUCUUAGACUUGUUAAGACAGAAAAAGUAAGUUAAAAAAGAAAAAUUUUGAGGACAGCUAGGUGGCCCAGUGGAGAGAGACGGUCCCAAGUUCAAAUCUGGCCUCAGAUUCCUCCUAGGAGUGUGACCCUGAGCAAGUCAUUUAAUCCCCAUUGCCUAGUCCUUACCACUCUGCCUUGGAACCAACAUACAAUAUUCAUUCUAAGACAGAAGGUAAAGAUUAAAAAAAAAUUGAUCAUGAUUGCAAUUGGCUUGGUUUUAAAGUCAAACCAAUCCUACCUGUAAGCACCUCAAAUGGAAAAGGAUGCAGCAUCACUAACCUUCAGGUACUUUGCUUUCUUCCAGAUAUUAAAUACACUGCAAGCUACACAAUGGUGAGGGGCAUUGGCCGAGGGAUUACAAGCAUGUUUAGGAUAUUACUGAUGAGAUCCCAGCCAUGCACACUGUGUCCUUCUAAAAAGUUUGAAGCAUCCAAAUAUGAACCUUUCUUAAGGCACUUCACCAAUACUAUGGAUGGACAAAAGCCCAAUGGUGAGAAUAGCAUGACUGUGGAAAACCUCUGCAGCUUAUCAGUUGACAUUAGGAAAAUUCGAAGAGUAAAAGGAUGGGUGCUUUGCAAGAAGGAAACAUAUGUUAAAGAAAUUGCCAACAUUUUACAAAAAAUCGGCACUAAUGAAACUGCAAUAGCCGACAUCUUGGAACGCUGUCCAGAAGCUAUCCUUUGUAGUCCAACUGAAGUUAAUGCCCAGAUAGAUCUGUGGCAAUCUGUCUGCCGAAAUAAGAAAGAGUUAGUGGCAUUAAUAGAACAGUUUCCAGAAUCUUUCUUUACUAUUAAAGACCAGGAGAAUCGGAGGCUUAAUAUUAAAUUUUUUCAAGAAUUGGGACUCAAGAAUGUGAUCAUUAGUAGGUUCUUGACAACUGCACCCAUUAUUUUUUGUAAUUCUAUAGAGAAUAAUAAACAAAUAAUCAAGAUGCUACAGGAAAGUUACUUGAAUUUAGGGGGCUCCCAAGCCAACAUGAAAGUUUGGCUACUAAAAUUGUUGAGUCAAGACCCAUUUAUUUUGUUAAUUUCACCCACUCCCAUAAAGAAAACACUAGAAUUUCUGCAGAAUCACGGUUUCACAGACUUUGAAGUUCUCCACCUUCUUUCCAAACUCAAAGGAUUUCUUUUUCGACUUUCCCCUACCAGUGUACAAGAAAGCAUCUUGUUCUCUAAGAAUGCAUUUCAGUGCACUGAUCAGGACCUGAAGGAGCUGAUUUUAAAGUGCCCUGCACUCUUGUACUACACUGCUCCGGUUCUAGAGGAACGGAUUCAAGGUCUGUUGAAGGAAGGGAUUUCUUUAUCUCAAAUAAGAGAAACACCAAUGGUACUUGAAUUAACACCACAAAUUGUGCAAUACAGAAUUCGAAAACUAAAUGCUUUGGGAUAUAGUAUCAAGAAUGGAAAUCUUGACAACUUAAAUGGAACCAAGAAAGAGUUUGAAUCCAACUUUGGUAAAAUACAAGCAAAGAAAGAAAGACCAUUAUUUAAUCCUGUAGCACCCUUUAAAGUUGAAGAAUAAUAAAGAAAAUUAGGGUACCUCUGUACAACUAAUGGAAAAAAAUGUAGUGGUUGGAAAUUUUGUAUCUCACCAACCAACACACAUUUUGUGAACCUGCCAAGCAUCUGGGUAUGUUACUAUGUUAACUCAGCUCUCAACCAUAUCAUGUGAAUUUUGUGAUAAAUCAUGCUUUUGUAAUGAAAUGUAAAUGUAUCUAUAAAACCUUUUGAGCCGAUUUCAAUAAAAGUGAAUACUCAGCCAA